AUGACACAGUUCUCAUUGAACAAGACAAUACUAUGCAAUUCACUCUGCAAUGAUAUCUGUAAAGAAUAUCCUUUACCUGCCGAUGGACUCAACUGGAAGAACUUCUAUCUAGUAUCCAGAUUUUAUUCUGAUAACCCUAUUCCACCUGAGGCUACUUGCGUCAGACUCUACUGCACACUCAGAGAAAUACCUCUUGGAGCACUGCCACCAACAAUCACAUUCUUGGCCAUUGACACUAACGACAACAUGCCCAUCCUCAAUCUACCGCCAUCACUCACACACCUCUAUUAUGGAUUCUACCAACGUACACGUCUCCCAUCAACUCUGCCUUCAUUGAGACGACUCACACUUGGCUACUACUACAAUGAACCUCUCCCAACAUUGCCAGAGACGCUAACAGAACUAAAGCUUGGUGAAUCCUUUGACCAACCAGUGUCCGAGGUCAUUCUUCCACCUAAUCUUCAAUGUAUCACCUUGGGAUAUCUCUUUCAGAUCAAGUACCUAAUUAUGGCCCCUGCUUCACUGGAAACAGUGUGCAUCAAUCUGCCUCCAAUGAUGGAGGCAUCGACCAAGUUCAAGGAGAUUGGACAUGGUUUGCGGCAUUUAAAGACGUUGAUAUUGCCAACAAUAGUGGAUGAUGAUUCUUCCAAAUUCUUGGCCAAACUCAAGAAUAUGAUGAGUGUAGUACCCAACUUUGAUACCUACGUUCAACUGCACACGAUCAAAUUAAGAGAUAUUAGAGCGAUACUAAGGAAAUUGGAUGAGGAUACCUUUCUAUACAUAUAUAUGAAACAACCAAUAUAUCGAAUUGGUGGAGACAAUCGAAUUGAGUCUAUUAUUAAGCCCAAGAGAAUGUUCAUCAUCAGAAAGAAAUCAUCAAUUGCUCAGAGCAUCAUGAGCAAGCUAAGAUCGAUCGGUUUGUCAUAA